UCCCAGUGCUCGUUGACUGUGUGUAAGCAGGGCAUCUCCUCUGACAAAAAGCCUCAGCGCUUAAAGUGGAUGAUUUACAGGAUCCAAAGAGUAAUUGCAAAGCCACUGUUAUACUCCCUUAGUCAACUCUGUUUGUUACGCCAUUCCCGCAAAUUGACCUCUAAAAUGGCUUUUCAGUACCCAGAGGCUUACCGUGACGAAGCAGUUGUGGAUGAUUACCAUGGAUCUAGCGUACCGGAUCCAUACAGCUGGCUGGAGGAUCCUGACAGUGAAAAGACACAGGCCUUUGUCAGUGCUCAGAACCAGCUGACGUUGCCAUUUUUAGAGCGUUGCGAGGUACGGGACCUGUUCAAGGAGCGCAUGACCGAGCUGUACGACUAUCCCAAGUACAGCUGUCCCUUCAAGAGAGGAAGCAGGUACUUUCACUUCUACAACACAGGCCUCCAGAACCAGAGCGUGAUGUAUGUGCAGGAGAGUCUAGAUGCAGAGCCCACAGUUUUCUUGGAUCCCAACACUUUUUCUGAUGACGGGACUGUUGCUCUACGAGGUUAUGCAUUCUCUGAGGAUGGGGAGUACUUGGCUUAUGGAACCAGUGCCAGUGGGUCUGACUGGGUAGAGAUCCGCUUCCUUCAGGUUGAGGGUGCUAUGCCUCUGGAGGAUCGCUUGGAGCGGGUCAAGUUCAGUUGUAUGUCCUGGACUCAUGAUGGGAAGGGUCUUUUCUACAACUCUUACCCUGAUCAAGAGGGUAAAAGUGACGGCACCGAGACCUCCACUAACCUGCAUCAGAAGCUGUACUUUCAUAUUUUGGGAACUCCGCAGUCUGAGGACGUCCUGUGUGCUGAGUUUCCUGAUCACCCCAAAUGGAUGAGUGGGGCUGAGGUGUCAGAUGAUGGACGUUAUGUGCUUCUGUCAAUUAGAGAGGGUUGUGAUCCCGUCAACAGAUUGUGGUAUUGUGACCUCCAGAAAACACCUCAGGGUAUUACAGGACUUUUGCCAUGGGUGAAGUUAAUUGACAACUUUGACGCCGAGUAUGAAUACGUGACCAACGAGGGCACCCUGUUCACAUUCAAGACCAACUUGGAUGCCCCACGUUACAGACUCAUCAACAUAGAUUUUGCCUCUCCUGAUCAGAGCAACUGGAAGGAGCUCAUCCCUCAACAUGACAAGGAUGUUAUUGUGUUUGCCACCUGUACAUACUCCAGCUAUCUGUUUGUGUGUUUCCUCCACGAUGUGAAGAAUGUGUUGAAGAUGUACCGUCUGAGCUCAGGGGAGGAGCUGAGGACUUUUCCUCUUGAUGUUGGCUCAGUAGUGGGUUUCACAGGACGAAAGAGGGACUCUGAGAUCUUCUAUUACUUCACCUCUUUUCUAUCCCCAGCCAUCAUUUACCACUGUGACCUAACCAAGGAGCCACUACAGCCACACAUCUUCAGAGAGGUCACAGUCAAAGGCUUCAGCCCCUCUGAAUACCAGACCACUCAGAUCUUCUAUCCCUCCAAGGAUGGCACUCAGAUACCCAUGUUUAUUGUUCACAAGAAGGGAAUCAAAUUGGACGGCUCUCAUCCGGGUUUUCUGUAUGGCUACGGGGGCUUUAACAUCUCCAUCACACCAAGCUACAGCGUUUCCCGACUCAUCUUUGUCAGACAUCUGGGAGGAGUUCUGGCAGUUGCUAAUAUCAGAGGGGGAGGAGAGUAUGGGGAGACCUGGCACAAAGCUGGGAUGCUGGCAAACAAGCAGAACUGCUUCACAGACUUCCAGUGUGCAGCUGAAUAUCUCAUCAAGGAGGGAUACACAUCUCCUUCCAAACUGACAAUAAAUGGAGGAUCUAAUGGUGGGCUGCUUGUGGCGGCUUGUGUGAAUCAGCGGCCUGAGCUGUUUGGCUGUGCCGUUGCUCAGGUAGGCGUCAUGGACAUGCUGAAGUUUCACAAGUUCACCAUCGGCCACGCUUGGACCACAGACUUUGGCUGUUCGGAAAACAAAGAGCAGUUUGAGUGGCUCAUAAAAUACUCCCCGCUGCAUAACAUUUGUGUCCCAGAGGGCAAUGGGGUCCAGUAUCCUGCGGUUCUGUUGCUUACGGGGGACCACGACGACCGGGUAGUGCCUCUCCACUCCCUCAAAUACAUCGCCACCCUGCAGUACAUUGUAGGCCGUAGCUCCAAGCAGGCAAAUCCCCUCUUCAUCCUUGUGGACACAAAGUCGGGUCACGGUGCCGGGAAGCCCACCAGCAAAGUCAUCCAGGAGGUGGCCGACACCUACGCCUUCAUCGCCCGCUGUCUCAACAUCUCCUGGGUCAAAUAACCUGCAACUCCAGUUAAAUUCUGUGUUUUUGUUUGGUUUUUCUUCAUGUCUAAUUGACUUCAAAAGACUGUUCAUCCCAUUUGUUACCAUCUUCUUUAAGGCCUCUACAUAGUACAAGAUGUUUAAUGUCAUUUCCCCCGCCACCAUUACCUUUUCGGUUUGUUUGUUUUAUCCCUCCUGCCCUCUUCUAGCACAAGCUUGUCAGUAUCACUCCUGCACACAACUAUAAAACAUGCGGCUCAUACAGUUAAUAUGUUGUAGGCCGUGUUAGUAGUUCUUUGUGAAGGAAGGUGCUAUUCAUGAUUAUAGUAAAUAGCCAAUCAGCUGUUAGUCAUGAGGUCUAAAUGGCAAGAAGUUUAUCAUAGGUUUGUUGUUGUGUCCUCUGGGAGCUCAGAAAAUAACCUUUUUAUUUAUUUCUUCUUUAUAUGCAGAAUGGAGAUUGUUGUAUGUCAAGUGUUGUCAACAAGUUCAAUUCUGACAGUUGUGUCACUGAUGGUUCUGCAAGCGGACAGUAUUGCGGUUUGUCUGUAAGGAAAAUUGCA